UGAAGCUGACGUCACAGUGAGAAAAAAGAGAUGACAAACAAAGCAAAUUGGUGGUAAUGCAUGCUUUAAAUUCGUUCAUUUACAGGUCCCACAAAGUGAAUUGGAUUUGGAAGCAGUGAAGAGCAUCCUGUCAGAGUACAAAAUUCAUAACGCCGAUAUCACCCUCAGGUAUGAUGCAACAUCAGAAGAUCUUAUUGAUGUGAUUGAGGGUAAUCGAGUGUAUAUCCCUUGUAUUUACGUUCUGAAUAAGGGGUUUCUGCUAUUUCUCGAUAAAGGUGCAGAAGCCUUAUUGCAUCAGAAGAUCACCUAUACUCAGAAAAGUUUUGAAAUGUCAAAAAUUGAUCAAAUAUCGAUCGAAGAGCUGGAUAUAAUCUACCGUAUCCCGCAUUGCGUGCCAAUAUCUGCUCAUCAUAAAUGGAAUUUUGAUGACUUACUCGAAAAAAUGUGGCAAUACUUGAAUUUGAUUCGAAUUUACACCAAGCCUCGAGGUCAAUUGCCUGAUUAUUCGGCGCCUAUAGUUCUGAAUGCCGAGAAGAACACCGUGGAUGAUUUGUGCUUGAAAAUUCACAAAUCAUUGCAGAAAGAUUUCAAAGCAGCAUUGGUUUGGGGUGCAUCGGCGAAACACAAUCCACAACGGGUCGGUAAAGAGCAUGUGCUCUUUGAUGAAGAUGUGGUGCAAAUUCUUAAGAGAGCAUUGGUUUGGGGUGCAUCGGCAAAACAUAAUCCACAACGGGUCGGCAAAGAGCAUGUGCUUUUUGAUGAAGAUGUGGUGCAAAUUCUUAAGAGGUACGUUUCGAUAGCUAGUUAUCACACAAUGCCCUUGAUAAUUGAAUUUCUCCAGAAUUUAAUGGCGAAAAUCAUGACAACAUGCUGA